AUGCUGACGCCUUGCCCACAGUCCGCCACCAAGUCUUGCUGCAAGGAUAGCUGCGGCUGCAUGCCCUGUGGCUGCCAGGUCAACUGCUCCUGCACGCCCACAUCCUGCAAGUGCGGCAGCGACGACGCCUGCGGCUGCGCGCCCGGGACCUGCCAGAAGAAGGGCGACGAGUGCGCCUGUAGGGGCGGGGAGUGCAAGUGCACUGACGGGUCGUGUGCGUGUUAG